AAGUUAACAUUUAAAGUCAAUUUUUAUGACAAAAUGGCAGUUUUGUUAAAGAUUUGAAUUUUUUACAUCACAAAACUUAAAAAAAUGGAAAAGGAAGGUGCGGGAGAAAGUAGUCAAAAUGUCGAUUUUUCGAGUGUCAAAGCUAAUGUCAAAAGAAUUAAAGUGAAUGGCUUGGGUAGGACAAAGAAUGACAUUGUCAGGCAUCACAUCAAACCCUUGUUCGCCGCUACUACAUUUGAAGAAAUGAUUAGUGCUAUCAAUCUUUCGAAAAAUAAAUUUGAGCAGCUGGGUCUGUUCAAAAACAUGAAAAUCUCUAUAGAUGUCAGUAAAAAUAGCCCUGAACUUCCAAAUGCGUAUGACAUCGCAUACAAAGUUAAAGAGCAAAGUUAUCUUACUGGAGGUCUUAGUACAAUGAUUGGGACUAACGAAGGUACUAUGGUUGGUAGUUUAAAGCUAGAGAAUGUUUGGGGCCGGGGUGAGAAGGUCGCGACAGAGUUCACGUAUGGGUCGGCUAAUGCCAUUGGUGCUAACUUAUAUCUCAUCAAACCAAUGUUCUUUGAGCCACAUUUGCUAUUGAGGUUCUCAGUCUUUCAGACGAGUGGGGAAUUUCCAUGGAGUAGCUACAAGGAGACAGACAGGGGUCUGGCUGUUGAUUAUACUUUCUCCAACUUCUUGGGCAGCCACACAUUGAGGUGGGAGGGGAUUUGGAGGGAGCUGCAGGCUCUUUCCAGUUCAACUGCGUUCGCUAUCCGAGAAGAAUCAGGUCACAGUUUGAAAUCUAGUUUAAAAUAUACAUGGUGUGCAGACACAAGAGACAGCAAGGUGCUACCAACAUUUGGACAACUUUAUAAAUUUAGUACCGAGUUAGGCGGCUUGGGAGGGGAUGUUAAAUUCAGCAAGCACGAGGCUGAGUUUCAGCUCAACCAGCCACUCCCACUUGAUUCUACGUUACAGUUUACUCUUUCAGGAGGCGUGGCCAGUCAGGACCUGACCAUACACGACCGAUUUUUUCUCGGUGGUCCACUCACGUUGAGAGGGUUUAACUUCAAGGGCGUAGGUCCAAGGAUCGAUGGAUGCUCUCUUGGAUCAAAUAUUUUUUGGUGCAGUGGCUUGCACCUCUACACCCCCCUCCCAUUCAGACCAGGCAAGGGUGGAUUCGGGGAAAAUUUUAGAACCCACUUUUUCAUAAACGCUGGCAACUUAGCUUCAUUCAACCGAGAACUCUCUCUUAAGAACAACAUCCAAGAGUUAAUUGAAGGAUAUAGACUGAGUUAUGGCUUGGGGAUCGUUAUUAAGUUGGGAGGCAUAGCAAGAGUUGAGGCAAAUUACUGCAUACCAUUGAAAGCCCAGGAAAAUGAUAGUAUAAACCCGGGACUGCAAUUAGGCAUUGGGGUCUCGUUCUUAUGACGUCAACAACUUGGAAAUCAAAGACGCUAAAUAGAAAUUCUCUUACGCACAUACACGCGGGCGCACAAAUGUACAAACAUUCUUAUAUAUGUAUGAUUUAUAAUUAGGUUUUCUUGUUAUAUAUUUAUGCCUAUUUUCUUCUGUAAAUAGUUUAACGUUAAAUGGUUCCAGUACUUAAUGAAAUUAUAAUUAUUUAAUUAAUCACAUCAUGAUAUAGAAAUGAAUAUUGUACUUUAUUCAAUAUCUCGUGAUCAUGUGGAUUUUGUUGAGAUGAUUUAAUGGAACAAUUUGUUAUUAUUUAGGAUGAAAUGUUUGUAUUUUUUAACAUUAGUGCAAUUAUUUCGAUGACUCCAAAUAUCGUUUAUGCAGUAAAUGUUUAUAAUCCAAUAUUGAAUAAAAUAAUCUUUCA